AUGUCGUUUCCAAUUGAGAAGGAUUCGCAACCACAAUCUACGGAUGUCUUCGCUAAAGAUGGCACGCAAGCGACAAUUGGAAAGUGGUAUCAGUGGUUUUCUCCUAGUGAUACGCCGGAAGAGCGUCGAUUAAUCAUGAAAUUGGACGCAUUAAUCAUGAUAUUUGUUUUUCUUGCAUACUGGGCGAAAGUUCUGGAUUCAUCUGCGACCAGUGCGGCGUAUGUGAGCGGCAUGAAAGAAGACUUGAAGCUAUUCGGAAAUGAGCUCAACUAUCUCAAUACUACCUAUAUGGUUGGAUACAUCACUCUCCAGAUACCACUGACUGUGCUUAUGACUCGCUUCUCGGCACAGUACUUCAUUCCUGGCGCAGAUCUUAUAUGGGGCAUACUCACUCUCGCGCAGUACAAAGUCACGAAUGUGCAUCAGCUUUAUGUAAUUCGUUUCUUCAUCGGCGCUGCUGGUAGCCUGUUCUUUCCAGCUGUUCAAUGGUAUCUCGGCUGCUGGUAUAAACGCUCUGAGCUAAGCCGACGGGGCUCCCUCUUCUUUAUCGCCAGUCAAAUCGGUAGUAUGAGCUCGGGAUACAUACAAAGCGGCGCCUACACGCAUCUUGAUGGUAGAUAUGGCAUUGAAGGGUGGCGCUGGCUGUACAUUAUCUGUUUCUCUUGUACCAUCCCGAUCGCUCUUUUUGGAUUCAUUGUCCUGCCUGGUCAUCCGGAUAACUGUGAACCUUUCAUCUUAACAAGACAUGAUAUUCAGCUAGCGAGAGCACGCAUGGCAGCAGAGAAUCGUGAGCCGAGGAAACCAAUCACUUUAUCCGUCAUCCAAUCUGUUCUCACCGGCUGGCACUUUUGGAUUUUGGUAACCUUUGCCUUUUUCUUUUCACAGGCUGAUGGCAUUUCCUCCAACAGUGGCCUCCCUCUGUGGCUCAAAGCUGAGGGAUACAGCGUGAAGGAUAUUAAUACGAUAACUACAGUUAUGCCUGCGGUGACCAUCGUGGCUUCAAUCAUCUGCGGAAUUUUUUCCGAUAUUUACGACGCCAAAGUUUAUCUCAUCGCCGUUACUGCGCUUCUCAAUAUUUUUGCAGGUGUACUUCUGGCAAUUUGGAAGAUUCCCAGUGGCCUCAAGUUCUUUGCCUUUUUCUUAUCGGGAUCUGCAGAUGGCAUAGCAGCCGUGAUAUACGCAUGGGCAAAUGAGAUUUGCGCCAGUAACGCAGAAGAGCGCGCGAUUGUGCUGAGCAGUAUGAAUACUAUUGGGAAUACAUUUGGCGCGUGGCUGCCAUUGUUUGUCUGGAAGACUGUUGAUGCACCGCGAUAUCUCAUCGGGUAUAAUUGGGCCAUUGCACUUGACGUGUGCAUGCUCGCCAUGUUAUUCGUGCUUCGGUCAUAUUGGAAUCGCAAAAAAAAGCUGUUGCAAAAUUGA